AUGAGGCCCCAUGUGCCUUAUCUCCCUCUCCUUCUGACCUCCACCUCCCUGGUUCAGGGUGCUGUGCUCCCUCGCCAAAAUGAGGCCAAUCCAUCCGCCUCCUUCAACCUCGCCGAUGGCUUCCUCAACCUCUUCGGCCGCGUCCGCGGCGGCAACGGCCAAACCGUCACGGUGACCGUGACUGCACCCGCCUCAACCGUUACUGUCUUCCCCGACAACGCCAACGGCGCUAUCGGCACGGCAACAGACAUCUCCGUUUCCGCCACGGCCAUUCCUGGCGGCGUCCCCGUCGUCAUUCCGACUGGCGGUGUCGGGGUUAUCUUGAUUCCUCUCCCCUCGGAUGCCAUCCGGACCAGCCUCGUGCAGAAUCCCCCAGCAACGACGACGUCAGAGACAGUCAUUUCCGCGACGGAGACUUCGACUGAUACCUUGGCUACGUCGACCGACACGGCUGUCACCUCUAGCGAAGGCAGCACGCUCGCUCCCCUCCCUACCGACACCACCGCCACCGUGACAGACUCAGCCACCAGCCUGCAACCGCUGCCGACGGAAACUACCACAUCCGAAACCGACAGCUCGACCCUCACCUCCACUACUGAAUCGGCAACAACACCCACCGAAACCCCAACCUCCCCGCCCAUCGUCGAAGCCCCUGUCUCCGAAACGACUUCCCUUUCCAGCACCUCAACUUUGGAGCCCCUCCCCGGCGGCGGCAGCUCCCUGACUACCACCAUCGCAGUCGACAGCACCUCUACCGCGAACCUCGCCGUCCCGACGGCGAUUCUCAACCCCGGUGGGGCGUUCGGCGGCGUGGUGGGGUUAAUCCCGAGCCAGUCUGCCGGAACACCGGUGGCUAAGGCGCCCGCGAGCGCGACGACGCCGGCAAUUGCCAAUGGAGGCGUGGCAGCGCCGGUGCCGACAAUUGAUGUGAGCACGCUGACGCUGUCAAGCCAGUUGAAUUUGGGGAAUUUGGUCCAGCCUACCGCGAGUCCAGCUGCGUGA